AUGACCUUCCCUCCCCCUCACCCUUCCGCCCAAUCGUCGAUUGCUUCUGGCACCGAUAAAUCUUCUUCGACCAGGACCGAUAUUGGUGCUUGGGGUCGGUCCGUGUCGCAGUCCGGCGCACGUCGUGGGUUGACUCCACUCGCGACCAACAUAUCCUCCGCCGCUCCUCCCACGGCUUCCCGGGGCUUGGACGCAGGCCUUGGGGUUUCGACACCGUCUUCAUUCUCUGCAGUAUUGAGUUCUGCUAGGGGUCUCUCCGGUGGAAGUCCCAAACCCACAUCCUCACCAUUCACCUCAUUGCAAUCUGGCUCGCAACAGCACGCAACAAACCUCUCAUCUCCCAAGUUCCGAUCUCACACCCCUUCCAUAGGGUCCCAUUUGGCUUCUGCUACAGGCUCCAUUCCGGGUGGAGGAGGUACUGGGGGAGGAGGUGGUGGGCCGGGAUCUUCCAGAGGUGUCUUCUCGCCGCUCUCGUCCGGAACAACCGUGAAUUCUCCCACAGGCUUUGCUUCUGACAAGCCGGGAUCUGCAGCCGCUCACUCGAGCCAAUCCUCACUUACCAAAAUCUCAAUUGCACAGGUGUUUCUGUUGCUGGACUCCAUCACAGAGAAAGAAGGCAAAGAGAAGUGGGAGACAAAAGCUGCUCAGAUCCAUAAGCUUGUGACAUCAAACGGAAUGGAGGUCUUUUCCAAAUACUUUCGCCGCCUUCUAACAGGCAACGCGCCACAAAUCUUCCCGGGUGUCAACAAAUCCGUCGAAAAUGCGGGCAACUAUCCCCUCCUUGUACAGGAGCUGCAGAAAGUGUCUUCGGACAUGGAUCAGUCUCAGAAAAUCGCCGAGACCGUAGAUACCUCUGAAGGAGAUAUCUUCCGCGAUUUCGACCUUUCCACUUUCCUUGAUCAUUUCCGACUGGAUCCAGUUGUCAAGGUUGCAUUGGCCCUGGCAUUCAAGCUGACUAGCAAGUCAGAUCUCCGUGCUAAAGCCGAUGCCAUCCUCUCGAAUUCUGUUGGCCCUUUCUUGCAAAGCAUGGCGAGCCCGUCCGAAGUGACGAAGGAUUACCACAACUCUUUCCUCGGAAUGACCAUUGAACGAUUCAUCCUUUACCCUCCCCGUAAUUUCACCGACGAUGUCAAGGCGAAGCUUGUAUACGCAGCCAAUCUGCGAUUCCAGAAACUUGGCUUGGAUAUGCCUUUCGAAGUCUCCUCUGCCCUACAAAUGUUCAAUUUUGUCAACCCUCAGUAUGUUCUUGUGCGACAGCUUCAUGCUAAGGGACCUCGUGCCACUGCAAAUAUCGAGACGUUAAGCGAGAUGAUUACCCCAGACCCAAAGAAUUGGAGUGAGGAACAUCUAGCGAGUGCUCUUCUCUUUAUGGUUCUAUCACAAUACUGGGAACAAUUUUCAUUGGAGACAUUCUUAAGUGCAUAUACCGACAAGCCAAUCAACUGGCCCCUGGUGUUCCGAAACUUCGAUCGCGAGGGUCUCAGAGUGGACCCGAAGCAGUUCGCCAAACUGUACACUGUUCUCGCUGGCAUUGCGGCCACUGACUCUUCUUUGGAUAUUCAAAAGCUUUGGGGUGGAGAUUGGGAGCACCGUGACACGCAAAUGUCUUUCUUGACAGCUUUCGUGGCCUCUCGAGUCGAUCCAUCGCAGAUCAAGAAUCUUCGUGCGACUUUCCCCUCGGAUUUCUUUGAUGAUGCCCCUGAUAUUGUCAAAUUGCAAGGCGAGCGUGCAGCAAAGUCCCCUCUUCGAUCGAUGGAUGCAAUGAAAGCAAUCUUUGACCUUGCCUUGUUUUCUCAAGCUUCGUGGGCUGCGACUGAGAGUCAGCUCCUUAUUAAAGCGGUCGUUCAGUUCGAUUUGCCUGUUUUCCUCUGCUCCGCUCUUGCGAUUCCGCAGCCGUGGUCUAGUGUUCAGCAGAGCUUUGUACUGCGCACGUUUAUUGUCUUCAUCUCCAAACAAGAGGAUGGUUAUCAGCUUGCUCUCCAUGGUGCUUGGCGACAAGAUCGACAGUGGGUAUCAGAGCAACUUUUCACCACUUUCACGCAGGACCCCACAUCUACUGCAGUGAUUUAUGAGCACGCCGCUGCAUAUGGAUGGCUCGAUUACCUGCUUGGUUUCACCAACGGGCUUGCCCUCGAUCUCGCCUGCUAUUCUCACCGCAAGACUUCCUUUGACCUCGAGCAAUGGGUGCGCAAUGCUGCACAGAAGGGAGCCAUUGAUAUGGGUGGUCUACUUUCCAAGUUCCUGCGAAUCAAGGCGGAAGAUGAAUUGCACGUCCAACGGAAGGAACAAUCUGCCCAUCAAAUGGUCAGCCUGGCAGUCAAAACUGUUUAUACCCUUUUGUCUGUAUUGGAAGAAUAUGUCGGAGACCGCGAAAACCUCACACCUGUCCAGCGUAUCUGCAUUCAGACAUAUCCCCGUUUGAUCAAUUACGGCGAAGGAUUCGAUGAAAUCAUUGAUAUCAAUGGUGAGAAUGGCAACACGUUGCCCGAUUCCAUUGAUAAGCAAAUGCAAGAGCUCUUUGGCAAAAUGUACCACGAGGAGCUGUCGCUGCGUGAGAUGCUGGAGUUGAUGCGCAAGUAUAAGUCCUCGCGCGAUCCUACCGAACAGGAUUUGUUCGCCUGUAUGGUCCAUGGCUUGAUCGACGAAUAUCAUUGCUACCACGAGUACCCACUCGAGGCUUUGACCAAGACUGCAGUCAUGUUUGGCGGUAUCAUCAACUUCCGCCUUGUUGAUGGCAUUACGCUGAAGGUCGGUCUUGGUAUGAUCCUCGAGGCUGUCCGAGAACACGAACCUCAUGAUCCGAUGUACAAGUUCGGCGUCGAGGCCAUCGAACAGUUGAUCAAUCGUCUUCCUGAAUGGGCUGGUUUCUGCCACCUGCUUUUCCAAAUCCCAUCUUUGCAAGGAACUCCCAUCUACCAAAAGGCAGAGGAAGUCCUCCGCGAGCAAGGAAACCAAAUUGGCGAGGCCGAGACUGGGCCCUUUGAUGGUCUUGCUGCCGUGCCCCUAACGAAUGGCAAUGCUGUGGACUCCCCCGUCGCUGAUGGCUCGGUGCGCAAGUUCCGUGCUGUUCAACUCGACUCUCCACUUCGAUCCGAGCUCUACCAGGACCCGGAUGAAGACAGCCAAGACAAGAUUCUUUUCGUUCUGAACAAUGUUUCAGAACAAAAUAUUGAUGAGAAACUUGAAGAUUUGCGAGAAGUAUUGCGCGAUCAACAUCACCAGUGGUUCGCCGCAUACCUGGUCGAGGAACGUGCUAAGUUGCAGCCCAAUUUCCAGCAGCUCUACCUUGACCUUCUUGGCCGUAUUGGCGACAAGAUUCUCUGGGCCGAGGUCCUUCGGGAGACCUAUGUCAGCGUCGCUAAGUUGAUCAACUCAGAAGGCACAUUGACCUCGUCUACUGAUCGCGGUCACCUGAAGAACCUUGGUGCUUGGCUUGGCUCGCUCACUAUUGCUAAAGACAAGCCCAUCAAGCACAAGAACAUCUACUUCAAAGGCUUGCUUCUCGAAGGUUAUGAUACCCAACGUUUGAUGGUUACGAUCCCCUUCACAUGCAAAGUUCUCGUUCAGGCAACCAAAUCCACAGUGUUCAAGCCACCCAAUCCUUGGUUAAUGGAUAUUCUGGGUCUCUUGUUGGAGCUUUAUCACUUUGCUGAAUUGAAACUCAAUCUCAAGUUUGAGAUUGAGGUUCUGUGCAAAGAUCUUGACCUCGACCACAAGACAAUCGAACCCUCGAUCGUCAUCCGGGAUCGUGCUGCCCAUAUAGAAGAGCCACUUCCUACUGUUAAUGCCCCUGAAGGUCUAACAGAGCCAUUUGAGGACUUGUCUCUGAACCCUAUCAACCCCGCUAUCCGGAAUGAGAGAUUGUCCCCGGCCGCCAUCAUGUCAACCCUGCCCAGUCUCGACAAGAUUCUCGUUUUGCCCUCAUCGGCGAGUAGCAUGGUUGAUCCUACCAUUCUCAAGCAGAUUGUGCACACCGCUGUUGAACGCGCCAUUGCUGAGAUUAUCACCCCUGUGGUAGAGCGUUCAGUUACAAUCGCAUCAAUCUCCACCGUGCAACUUAUCUCCAAGGACUUUGCUAUGGAACCCGAUGAGGAACGCGUGCGCCAUGCUGCUGGCAUCAUGGUUAGGCAACUUGCCGGUAGUCUGGCACUUGUCACCUGCAAGGAGCCUCUGAAGGUUAGCAUGACUAACUACAUUCGGAUGAUUCAACAGGAGUACUCCGAGCAGCCUAUGCCUGAAGGCUUGAUUUUGAUGUGUGUAAACGAUAACCUGGAUGCUGCUUGUGGUAUUGUCGAGAAAGCCGCAGAAGAAAAGUCAUUGCCUGAGAUCGAGAAGGUGAUUGAGCCCCAAUUGGAGGCCCGUCGUCGUCACCAGGCCAGCCGCUCCAACGACCCGUUCAUUGACCCUUCGAUGAACCGUUGGGGACUGUUGAUCCCGGAGCCAUACAGGCAGGCGCCUGGUGGUCUUAACAAGGAGCAACUCGCUAUCUACGAAGAGUUUGCGCGUCAGUCUCGAGGCCCUGCGCCAUCCACUGAUGCAGCGGCCAGCCGUCAACUUCCCGAUGUUCUGGGAGAAUCAUAUCCUGCUAUUCCCAAUCUUUCCACCCCGGCUGAGCAGCCAGCCAUUCCCCACAGAACCCCUCAGGUACAGCCUGCUGUUUCUCAGAUGGCGCCCGUCCAAACCAACGGGUUCCUAGAUGCCCAAAGCCCUCGGGAAAGAGUGGAAAGCCUUGUCUCCGAUCUCCAACAGUCUGCUCGCAGCGCCCCUGAAGAACACGUCAAGGAUCUUGGCAGAGAUAGCGCGGUGCUUCAAGAGUACAACCAGGCAUUGCGCAGCAUUCUUAACUCGACAAAUGGAGAGGAGCUAGCACGACUGACCUCUUUGAAGGUUUGCACGCUUCUGUACUCCCAGCCGCAUGGAUCUCUCGAAAUCGAAGUUCUUGUGCACCUUCUUGCCAAACUGUGCGACAUGUCCAGUCUUAUUGCUCGCUACACGUGGGCACUGCUCUCUGAAGUUGAUGAUGAGCAUAUGUUCAAUGUGCCGGUCACUGUUGCUCUCAUUGAUGCAGGCCUCCUCGACAUACGUCGGGUGGACACAAACCUGACCCGACUCAUUUUGUCGAGGAAUGUGCCCGCUUUGGAGUUGUUGGGAAAUCUGAUGGAUCGUGUCCUCUUCAAUGAAGAGCCCUCGGCCCUUCGAUCAGACUUCUCCGGCAGUCUGGACGCUAUGAGUCAAUGGCUCGCUGAAGAUUCAAAUGUUGCCCCCGGUGUCGAAAUCAUUCGCAAGCUGCGCGAGUCCGGUAUUCCCGAGGUUGUCAGUUCUCUUCUCACCGACCAAGCGCGCUCCAAGCGAGACCAGAUGGAGUAUAUCUUCAGCGAGUGGAUCGGUAUCUACAAGGCUCCUGGUGCAACUGACCGCACGUUCCACUCUUUCCUCCAAGAUCUCCACAGCCGCCAAGUAAUGAACAGCCAGGAGGAUUCUGCAUUGUUCUUCCGUCUCAGCAUCGACAUUUCUGUUGCCAUGUUUGAACAUGAAUCUCAAAAUCCAAAUGGCGGCAGUCUCGAUGAGGCUUUCCUUUACAUUGAUGCUCUCGCUAAGCUCGUAAUUCUCCUUGUGAGAUUCCAAGGCGAAAGCGCAGGCGCCGUUCAAGCCAACAAGGCUACUUACUUCAACUCCAUCCUAUCUCUCUUGGUCCUGGUCCUCAACCAUCACCAGGUUAUGAGAGGAGAAGCUUUCAAUCAGCGGGUGUUCUUCCGCCUUUUCUCAAGCAUUCUUUGUGAAUACUCGAUGAACGGCCUACAGCGUACGGAGCAACACCAGGGAAUGAUAUUCGCUCUCGCCAACAAGUUCCUGUCCUUCCAACCCCGUUACGUACCCGGGUUUGUUUAUGGCUGGCUUUGCUUGGUUUCCCACCGAGUAUUCAUGUCCGACAUGCUCAACAUGCCCGAUCGUGCUGGAUGGGCACCUUACUGCGAAAUCAUGCAAGCAUUGCUGUCCUACAUGGGCGAACAACUGAAGACCGUGAAUAUUACCUACGUUGCCAAAGAUCUCUACAAAGGCGUUCUUCGUAUUUUGUUGAUCUUGCACCACGAUUUCCCCGAGUUCGUGGCUGAGAAUCACUUCCAAUUUUGCAAUGUCAUCCCGGCUCAUUGUGCUCAACUCCGCAAUCUUGUCCUCAGUGCCUAUCCCUCAUCAUUCCAGAAACUUCCCGAUCCUUUCCGCGAGGGCUUGAAGGUCGAGCGCAUCGAGGAAAUGCGGGAAAUUCCCAAGAUUGCUGGUGAUAUCGUUGCUCCUUUGCAGAACGCCAACAUCAAGGAAAGUGUUGACGGUGUACUCCAGAGCGGAACCAUCUCCGAGGCUAUCGUCCAGCAGCUCUGUGAUGCCAUCCUUAACCCCGAAUCUAAGGACACCGGUCUCUUCUUUGUGCCUGUCGAUGUUGAUGUCGUCUUGAUGAACGCACUUGUGUUGUAUAUCGGCCAACAAGCCGCCGUGGAGCAUGCGUCCAAGGGCAACACCCGCAGCGCGUUUGAAAACUCGACUCAUGCCGCUCUCUUGGAAAAGCUGGCCCAGAUUCUGCGACCUGAGGGUCGCUACUACUUGCUUAGUGCCAUGGCCAACCAGCUCCGCUAUCCCAACAGCCACACCUACUUCUUCAGCUUCACGAUCCUCCGUCUGUUCGGCGUGGAUUAUGCCGAGCAAGAUGACUCGGAUACCCGCCAGCAAAUCAUUCGUGUCUUGUUGGAGCGGCUGAUUGUCCAUCGCCCACAUCCAUGGGGUCUGAUCAUUACCCUGCAGGAGCUCCUCCAGAACCGGAGCUACUCAUUCUUCCAUCUCCCCUUUAUCCAGGCGGCACCUGAGAUUGGACGUCUUUUCGAUGCUCUUCUCCAACACAUCCAACAGCAGAGCCCCCGGCCCAUUGCCUAA